UGGAUUUACCUUAAUAGCGGAGACAGCUACCUCGUAUCCCGAGUGAGGGGAGUCUUAUCAAUUGCCAAGUUUAGUCUAUUCCUGGAGUUUUGAGUGGUGAAGCAAGCGUUUUUUCCUUCCUUGAACCUCACUCGUAUUUCACCACCUUUGCUCGCAUCAGCUGGAGCGAGAGCUGCCGCUUCACGAUGGCAGGAGCGGGAAUAUUUCUGUGCAUUCUGCUGUUACAGUGUUUUAUCUCCACUGCGCUGUGCAACGCCGGGUUCGCCUUCACGGAGGAGCCCUCGGAGAGAGCUGGGAAGUCAGACGGGUAUUGUAGUCGGAUAUUACGGGCUCAGGGAACUCGGAAGGAAGGCUACAAUGAGUUUCGACUCCGAGUCGAGGGGGACCCAGAAAAUUAUCAGCCUGGGAGCACUUACAGA